UUAGGUACAUCAAUAUUUCCAAAAAAUUAUCCACUAAAUAAUUUACAGCAAAAAAGAGGGUUCUCGUUAGGAAAAAGAAGAUUUUAUCACCACAGAACAAUGUUCAAGCAGGUACAAAAAAUUUCUGGAGUGGCCGAGCGGACUAAGGCGUCGGUUGCGACGCACACCAACGCCGGGGAGUUACCCGUUUCCGCCAAAAACGAAGAAGGUACGAUUCCCGUUUCCGCCAAAAAAAUUUUGGAAACCAUUGGUUUUAAUUUUUAAUUUUUAAUUAUAUAUGUUGUGUCGUUGUGGUAUGUAUAAAACAUAGUAAUGUAACGUGUAGGUAAAAGCAAUGACAUUUGUAAAUAAUUGCGAAGAUCAUAGGUACAACAAUAUAUACAUCGAUAAUAUUCGAUAGUUGUUGAUAAUCGUCGAUAACGGAAGAAAGCAUACACUGUAUCAUAGUUUAUUUAUAAUUCGCACACAAUAAUUAUCUGACAAAUGCUAAAUCAUUAUAUUUCGAUUCAGUAUCUGUUCUAUUCGUCACCAAUUUAACAACAGUUAAAAUGGAAUUUGUUAUAAGCAAAAGAGGUAAAAAGAUGUUGAUUUUUGAAUCAAAAUUUAAAUAUGUUUUUGGUUAUACGUCACAAACAAAUGUGACUCGGUGGAGAUGUUUUAUGAAAAAUUGUCCGGCCAUUAUUUUGGAAAAAGAAAAAGUAUUACUUGAAACAAAAGGUGAUCAUGGAGACAAUUGUUCAGUCAAAAAUAUAGAUCGUCAAAAAUUAGCAACGACAUGUAAGCGGAAAGCUGUCGAAGAUAUUUGUCAAAGACCUAGAAAAAUAAUACUAGGUGAGAUUCAACUAUUAAACUUAUAUAACAUUAGUCCAAAUAAUUGGAACAACUGUUUUUUAGGAGAAAUUAAUGCUUUUGGAGUCUCCUCAACAAUGACAAGAAAUGAUAUCUCUGCAUUACGAAAAUGUGUAUACCGCGCUCGUCGUCAAUUUUUACCGACGAAUCCAACAUGUAUAGCUGAUAUUCACAGUGCUGUAAGUUCAGUUAAUACUUUGACGACUAAUGAUGAAGAAUUUUUAUUACUGAAUGAUGACAUUUCUAAUAUAAUAAUAUUUUCCUGCAAUACCAAUUUAAAAAUGUAAUGUAUAUCCGAAAUAAUUUAUGUUGAUGGCACAUUUUCAUAUUGUCCUUCUUUAUUUACUCAAUUAUUUACAAUACAUGGGUUAGUUAAUACGUAUUAUAUACCUUUAGUUUUUUGUUUACUAAAAGAUAAAAAGAUUGAAUCGUAUAAGGAAGCAUUAUUUCAAGUAGUGCAAAAAUGUUUAAAUUUAAAUUUAAUAUUCAAACCACAGUCAAUUACAAAUGAUUUGAAAUAGCUAUUCACCAAGCUGUAUUGUUAAUAUGGCCAUCCGUAAUAAUAGUGGGUUGCCGAUUUCAUUAAAUUCAGAGUUGGUAUCGAAAAAUACAAGAAAUAGGCUUAACCUUAGAUUAUAAAAAAAAUGAUUGGUUAAAAUAUGUUAAAAUUGGUUUAACAUAUUUGGACCCUUCGGAAGUAUCAGAUUGUUUUUCAUUUGAUUUUAUGUCAGACAUCCCUGAAGACAGCAAAUAUGGUAGGUAUGCCGAUUAUAUCUUAGAAAAUUAUAUUGAUGAAAACUCGAAUUUUCCGCCAAGUAUGUAGGCUUCACAUACAGCGACAUUAAAAAGAACAACCAACAAUUGUGAAUCUUUCCAUUCUCAUUUCAACGAACAAUUUUAUAAGGCACACCCAUCAUUUUUUACAUUUUUACAUAUACUUAAAGACACAAUACAGACGGAUACUUAUAUCAAAAUUAAUAGUGCUAAUAAUAAUAUAAAAAAAAUUCCAAAGAACAAAAAAAUAUUAAACCGUUUAAAAACUACAGAAGACGCAAUUAAAAAAAAAAA